AUGCCGGUUGAGCUCCUUGUUCUCCAACCUGGUCGAGAGCAUCUUCGUGUGCUCCAUCCGUAUCCACAAGGAUACACAACUUGGUCCAACAAGUCGAAGAAUGGCAUUUGCAGGUGCAUUAACCAGAUGAUGUAUUCAAUGCUCCGCAAGGGAUAUCCGACCUACAGUGUGAUGCUUAACGACGAGCGCCAUUUGUGGUUCCGUAAAUUUACGGUGGCAGACACUUAUACGAAGCAGAUAUAUGAGUGGAAGCAGCUAUGGCUCAAGGGAAAGACACCAAAAUACAUCAACCCAACGGUUUGGCUAGAGUUGAAGGAUCAUUGGGUGAACCACGAGACUAUAGACAAAUCAAUCAAAAACUCAUCCAACCACAAGAGCGAUCGUGGAGGGAAAGGUGUUUAUGUCCACAACCUCGGUGCUUGCAGUAUGUCUUCUAAGGAAGAUGAACUUGUUGAAGCAAAUGCGGGUAAUCCCGUUGAUCAUCUCGAUGUUAUGAAAGAGGCGUACACUAACAAGAAGACGGGGGAAAUUCAGAAUCUCGUAAUCAAAGAUGUCAUAGACUUUGUGCAAACCCAGAAAGAAGCAUUACUUGCUUCUCAGCCUAUCUCAGAUGACGAUUCCUCUGCAGCAUCCACGAACAUAACCCGAGCUCGAAUAAACCAAAUGGUGGAACAGCUGCAGAACAAGGAUGAUCGGUUUGUGGCGCUGGCAAACGCAGAACGCCACAAUUCUUGCUUAUUCAGCGGGUCAAAAAAAGACAAACGAGGAGAUAACGGAAAAGAUGAAGCGUUUGUUUCCUCAUGA